GGAAAAUACACGUCACUGGGAUUUCUAAAAUAAAUCCUACAAAAUCAACGAUUUCAAUUCUUUACAAAAUCUUAAAAAGUCUUUAGGGAUACUUUCAGAACAACGAAGAACAAACAAGGAGGAAGAAGGAAGGAGGAAGAAGGAAAAGAAGAGGGGAGUAGAAAAAUAGAGAAAGAGGACGGAUUGGCCAGACGAUGCCGGAUAACGAACCAGUUGGUGGCGGCAGCGGUGGUUCCGCCACGCCGGAAGAAGCUCCGACUGUGUGCAAUUUCUUCAGGAAGCCCUCAAAGGGAAAGAACAUAAGGAAACGAACCUCCACUGAAGAAGGAGAUGGUGAGGAAGAAGAAUCCACAGUUGUCAUCAACAAGAAGAAGCAAGCGGCUCCCGACAACAAGCUCCGCUUCUCAAGCGGACCAACAAAGACCUCAAAAGAAUCUGAGCUGGAUAAACCCAAAGCCACAGUCUUCGAAUAUGAGUCAUCCAGAGAUAUCCAAGUCCACAACGACAAUCGGGCCACGGCCACCCUAGAAACUGAGACCGAGUUCUCUAGAGAUGCACGGGCCAUCAGAGAGAGAGUCCUUAGGCAAGCUGAGGAGGCUCUUAAGGGUAAAAACAAAGCUGACGGGUCAGAAAAAUUAUAUAAGGGCAUGCACGGGUAUACAGACUACAAGGCUGGGUUCAGGAGAGAGCAUACGGUCGCGAGUGAGAAAGCUGGUGGGGCCCAUGGGCCUCUUAGGGCCUCGGCCCAUAUAAGGGUUUCUGCAAGGUUCGACUAUCAGCCGGACAUUUGCAAAGAUUAUAAGGAGACAGGUUAUUGUGGAUAUGGGGAUUCUUGCAAGUUUAUGCAUGAUAGAGGUGAUUAUAAGUCGGGCUGGCAACUGGAAAAGGAGUGGGAGGAAAAGGAGAAGGCGCGGUUGAGAAAAAUGGCUAUGGGGAUGAAAGAUGAUGAUGAUGGUGAUGAUGAGGGGAGGGGUGAAGGGAUGAGUGAUGAUGAUGAUGAAGAUGCAUUGCCGUUUGCGUGUUUUAUAUGCAGGGAACCUUUUGUGGAUCCUGUUGUGACUAGGUGCAAGCAUUAUUUUUGUGAGCAUUGUGCGUUGAAGCAUCAUGCGAAGAAUAAGAAGUGCUUUGUAUGUGACCAGCCCACGAAUGGGAUAUUCAACACGGCCUUUGAGAUACGGAAAAAGAUGGCUGCUGAGACAAAGUAAUGAAUCAAAUGUGAGCUUUUUGGGUCAAUGUGUUGGAGGACUCUUAAUAUUCAGAAAUAAGUUGAACCUUUUUAUAGCCAGAAAUCUUGAGGAAGUGUGGGACCUUAACAUACUCUGGCACUUGAGAGCUGAAAUGAUAUGGCCAAAUCAAUCGUUUGGAAUGACGAUAGAUUUUCUAAUCUGAGCAGUAUGGACAACGGGUCUCUUUUUUCCUUUUUCGGCCCUCUUGUUGUUGGACGCCGACCAAGUUGUGAAACGGGGAGUUACUCGUUGUUUGGCAUAGGACUAAUGGCAUGAUUGGUAUGAAAGAAUGACAUGAAAAUGAAAUGAUCAUACUAUUACUCAUUUCUUAUAUUAUUUUUAAAGGAAUGACUAUUCCAAUAGAAUCACA